AUGAGGAAUUUGAGUUCAGGCCUGAUCCGUUUAAGUGAGGUUCGACAUAUUAUGUUCGUCAUCUCUUUUGCAACCUAUAUGAUUUUGUUAUCCUGUGUAAGCAUUCAGGAAUUAGUGGGACCUAUGGAUGCAGAGUCGCGGCAGGAGCAUGACGAGCUGGAACAGAGGAUGAAGCAUGAGCGUGAAGAAAUGGAUAGUGUGGUUAUGCUUCACCGUACUGAAAUGUACAUCAAGCUGAGAGAAGAGCGUGCAUCCUUGGGCCGUGCACUCAAAGGAGGAACAUGA